AAGUGUGGGAGUACGAAGCAAGGAGGAGGACUUUGAAGGAUAUAUAUAUAUAUUUUCCCCCCCUUCCCCUCCCCCCUGUGGUUGAUAACACGAGCCUGAUUGCCGAAGAUCAAGAGAUAUGAUAAGAACGCUUUCCUCGGCUUCAUCCCUUGACGAGAUAAGUGUCAGCUAUGACGUUCCUGUGGUGGAUCCCGCGUCAGUGCCAAAGGUGUUGUACGGCCACAGGACUUCUCUGGACUCCCUGUGUGACCCCGACUGGAGCCAAGAGUCCAGGGUGCUGGUUCUGUACACGGGAGGCACCAUUGGUAUGGUCCGUAAUGACAGAGGCAAGCUAGCCCCGAUUCCUCGCGAGCUGGAGACAAAUAUCCGCCGUUAUCCGCACAUGCACGAUGACUCCUACGCUACCAAGAGGUUCGGAUGUAAUGGGAACACGCCCUUGGUUCUGCCGGAUUGCAAAGAAAAACGCCGGGUGGCUUACUGGGUCUAUGAAUACGAACCGCUGCUCGACUCCUCGAACAUGACGAUGGACGACUGGAUCCGAAUCGCCAAAGAUAUCAGGGGCGUGUACGAGAUGUUCGACGGUUUCGUUGUGCUCCACGGGACAGACACCCUCGCCUACACAGCUUCGGCUCUGUCCUUCAUGCUGGAAAAUCUGGGGAAACCUGUUGUCAUCACAGGUUCACAGAUCCCCAUCUUCGAGACGAGAAGCGACGGCCGAGAUAACUUCAUCGGCUCCGUGAUCAUGGCCGGCAGCUACAACAUCCCCGAGGUUACGGUUUUCUUCAACAACAAGCUGUAUCGAGGGAACAGGACGACGAAGGUGUCCACGGGCAGACUGCAGGCGUUCGACUCUCCAAACAUGGCCCCGCUGGCUAUUGCUGGCAUUUCUAUUCAAGUUGACUACCGUUCGAUUUUCCGGCCGACCCGCCUGGAGAAAUUCAUCGUUUUCGAUCGUCUCAACCGCCACGUCGGGCUGCUGCGCAUCUUCCCGUCCAUCUCCGCGGAGACGGUGAAGCAGUUCCUCCAGCCGCCGAUAUCCGGAGCCAUAAUACAGACAUAUGGAGCGGGGAACAUGCCGUCGAAUCGGACGGAUAUUAUGGAGGUGCUGAGGGAUGCAACAAAACGGGGCGUGAUUCUCGUCAACACCACCCAGUGCAUGCAUGGAGCCGUUGAUACAAUCUAUGAAACGGGGGAGGCCCUAGUGAGCGCCGGGGUGAUCGCGGGCCUGGACAUGACCCCCGAGGCCGCCUUGACCAAGCUCAGCUACGUGUUGGCCAAGUCGGACUGGGACUACGAUACCAAAAAGAGGAUGAUGAUGAGGAACCUCCGCGGGGAGAUGACCGUGGUGGGGCAGGAGGACGAGGGCGAGAACCAGGAGCUGGACGUGGUGGCGGCCAUCUCGCGCGCCCUCCAGCUCUCGUCCAGCGAUGACGUCGAGCGCAUCCGGGACCUGCUCGUGCCCACGCUCUUCUUCACGGCCGUGUCCAACUGCGACAUCAAGAGGCUCGACGAAAUAUUCUCCAAUGGAGCAGAGGUUAAUCUUCUUGAUGUCUCUGGGUGGAGCGCCCUGCAUAUGGCGGCCUGUGACGGAAUGGCAGAAGUGGUGACUUGGCUGCUGCAACACGGGGCUUCUGUGCACGUGAGGGACAAGCAGGGACAGACGCCGUUGAAAGUUGCUGUGGAAAACGAUCACCACAAGGUGGUGGAGCUUCUGGUGAAGACAGGAGCCCACCUGACGGAGUCGUCGCUGCGCCUUGGGGAGGUCCUGGUCUCGGCCGCCGCGGCUGACAGCGUGGAGCGCCUCAAGUCCUACCAUAUCGCGGGCGCCGACCUCUCCUGCGCAGAUCCUUGCGGUCGAACUGCGCUCCAUGCGGCAUGUACGGUGGGCUCCGAAGAAUGCGUCAAGUUCCUCCUGGAGGCGGGCGUCCCCACGAACACCCGUGACCGCACUGACCUGACGCCGGCCAUGUGCGCGCAGGUCAAUAACCACGAUCACUUGGCGCGGCUGAUUGACGAACAGGAGGAGUAGAGUGCAGUUGGGAGUGAUUCGCGUACCUUUUUUUUACUUAUUUGUGCUCAUCAUGACACGCGUCUUCCGUUACGGUUGUAAAUAAGUAACUGUUUGGUUGUUUAGGAAAACACUGUUUAUAGACAACUGCUGAAGCUUCAUUGUUGUAUUUUUUGUGAUUUGUUUCAUUAUCUAUUGAUCAUGUUUUUUUAAAUUCUUUUUUUAUUGUAGUUUGAUAUAUAUUUUUGUACUAGAGUACGUUUCUUUUGUAAAUUUCCACUGUGAUUUCCUUGUUUCAUAAUUCAGAUAAGAAAGUCUGCGAUAUUAGAUUAUAUUUGAUAUCACAUUUUUGGUAAUUAAUGUCCUCAAAGAUUUUCAAAAGUUCUUUUGCGAAAUUGUGUAUAUUUUUUCUAACACAUUUUACCUCUAUGUGUUGUAUAUAUAUAUAUAUAUAUAUAUAUAUAUAUAUAUAUAUAUAUAUAUAUAUGUGUGUGUGUGUGUGUGUGUGUACAUGUAUAUAUAUAUACAUAUAUAUAUAUAUAUAUAUAUAUAUAUAUAUAUAUAUAUAUAUAUAUAUAUAUUUGUCUAUUUAGUUUAUAUACACCUAGCAAGACUCAUCUACCAAGGCUAUUUGAAUUUCUAUUUGUCAUCAAUAUCCGUGCAUAAUCACUCACAACACAAAAUAAGGCUUGGAUCACUAGUGUUCAAUGAGUCAAAAGUACGUUUAAAGAAUGGAAUUGAGAGUAACUGUCUUUUUACUCAAGACCUACGGCAUAAGAAUGAGCUAAUAAUGGUUUAAAAUCCUGGUAAUUAUUCCUCAGCACGUUUAUAAAAACAUCUAUAUAAUUUCCCAUGCAAAUGAUACCACUUGUAGAGAAUUCCUUUAUAAAAUCAAUCAUUUUAUCAAUAUCAGAGGAUUUCCUUAAUGCAAAGAAGAUUCACAAAGAAAAUAAACAGCGAAUUUCGAUUUUUGAUGUUAUGCUCGUAAAAAAAAACAUACACGAUUGCACUGCACGUAUGUUUAUAAUUGUAUUAUAGCAAUAAAUAUUGUAGUAGAGAGAAGUCCACUCAGCAAGCAAUAUCACUGGAUGCAUAAUAUAUGUCUAAGAAUGAAUAACUUUAAAACGCAAUGGUUUUGAAUUUUUUUUCGCUGUUAUAAUAUUAGCGAUUCGGAUGAAGUUACAUCUUAAACUCUGUAAAGUUAUUUACUCUUAUUCAUAGCUUUUUUCCCUCUACAUCUAUCAUAAUGAAAAGUUCAAUAUCGCUGAAGAUACACAUCUAUUUCCAUUAAUGAAAAGGAUAGUAAGCACACGAAGAAGCACAUUAUUCACGCGAAAGUAGUCGUUGUUACAUUUGCCUGUGAUAUAAAUAAUAUAUGUGUUGUUUAAUCAGCCUUGUCCACAAAAUAGACUCUUUUUUCACAAUAGACUUUUUUUCGUGAGCCUUUUAUUGUUGAGUUGUGAGUUACAGAUCACAGGGAGGUAAAGAAGGAAAAGUAUGUUAUGUAAAGUAUGUGAAAGAAGGUAUGUUCCUUAUUGACAAGUAAAUACGAUGUUUUGUUCACUUCAAAUGUCAUUUCCAUGUAAAUACAUACACACAGAGAUAGUGAGACAAGUAUAGAUAUAUGGAUACGUGGAUACAUGCAUAAUGUAUAUACAUACAAGCAUACAUUCAUGGAUAGAUAGGUAAAAUAUAUCUAUGCACAGAUGCAUGCAUACAUACAUACCUGAUAAAUAAACAGACAAAUAAAAGUAUGGCUAGAUAUGUACUUUCCUCAAUGUUUUAGUAGUGAGUAUUGGCUCAUCAAUUUUUAUAUACAUUUUUAUAUUUAGUAAUUUUCUUUAAAUAUAAAACUCAGUGAAAUGGGAUUUCUGAAGGAUGUGAAUAACAAAAGUGAAAAAAAACUUCUACGUUACAUUUUAUUCAGUAUAAUUUUUCACAUUAUAUUUCCUCUUGUAUUUGCAUCAGGAGUACAGUAGGUCAUAAAUUACAAUAGGUUUUCAUUUUCCUUUUUUUUCCUGCUCUGUGAAAUGUGAGAACUUGUGUAUGUCAGCAGAACAGACACUUGUAAAUAAAAAUGUUAAUCCUU